UUCCAUAUAGAUAUAAUUGUUGGUGUAUUGAAAUAAUUGUAUGGAUUAUUAUGUGUGCAAUUCGAAUCAACCUAUUUUGAAUUACUAUAGGUGUUAAAAUGGUGGGCUAGUUCGAACCAGCCUGAUUCGAACUAGUGUGGGUCAUGUUUGCAUGAAUCAAUAUGAUUCGAAUUACUCCUUAAAUCUAUUCAUGCAUAAUUCGAACUAACCUCAUUCGAAUUAUAUUAAAAUAUGCUUUUGGCCGAUACAUGUUAUAUUUUUUGCUUUGGUAGAAUUACGUAAUUUCCUCUUUCAUUUGGCUUAAUAUGAUAUUUUGCCCACAAAUAUAUCAGCAAUUUUUGUGACUAGAACAUGUGUUACUAGUUUUUAACCACAAAUUAAAGCUCACCUUACUCUGGAAAUAAUAAUUUGGUGAACUUCAUGAAUUAACCCUUUUAAUUUAUUGAUGUUAUAUUAGGAUUUAUUUGUUGCUUCAAUAGACACAACAUCAAGCACAUUAGAAUGGGCAAUGGCAGAAUUGAUACAUAGUCCAAAAAAAUUGCUUAAAGUUAGAAAAGAACUUGAAGAAUCACUUGGCAAAAAUGGAGAAGUUGAAGAGUCUCAUAUCUCAAAGCUGCCAUACCUUAAUGCAAUUGUGAAAGAAACUUUGAGGCUUCAUCCACCAGCACCAUUUCUAGUACCCCACAAAGCAAAUGAUGAUGUAGAAUUAGGAGGCUUCACUGUUCCCAAAAGUGCACAAAUCCUAAUUAAUGUGUGGUCUAUUGGAAGAGACUCAAGUGUUUGGGCUAACCCUAAGUCAUUUGAACCUGAGAGAUUCUUGGAUACUGAAAUUGAUUUUAAGGGCAAAAAUUUUGAGUUGAUUCCAUUUGGUUCUGGAAGAAGAAUUUGCCCUGGAUUACCUUUGGCUUCAAGGACCUUGAAUUUUAUGUUGGCAUCACUUUUGUAUCACUUUAAUUGGAAGGUUGCUAAUGAGAUGAAUCCAGAAGAUAUAGAUAUGAGUUAUAGUUAUGGAAUUACCUUGCAUAAGGCCCAACCAUUAUUUCUUGUACCUAUCAAAGUUUAGUUGUUGAUAAUUAAUAUGGUUGGUUGAAUGAU